ACGCGGAUUUGGGUGGGGUCUCUUCAUCUAGAACUAGAAUUAACCAUAAAGAUGAAUUCUUUUGUGUGCAAGCGUUUAGCUCAUUCUGCUGCUGCAGGAGUUAGAUCCCACCAGUUUGUAGUAUGUGGUGGAGGAACGGGGGGACUAGCUGUAGCUUCUUCACUGGCAAGAAGAUUUGGAAAAGACAAGGUCGCUGUGAUUGAGCCAAGUGAUGUACAUUAUUACCAGCCGAUGUGGACAAUGGUCGGUGCAGGCAUUAAAACAUUGGAGCAGUCACGUCGUCCUAUGGCAGAUGUAAUGCCACAGAACGCCGCAUGGUACAAGACAGCAGUGACCGAGUUUGAGCCAUCAAAGAGCGCUGUGCAUACUCAAGAUGGAACAACCAUUAAAUACGACUAUCUUAUUGUUGGAUUGGGGCUGAAAGUUGAUUUUGACAGGAUUAAGGGUUUAACAGAAGCCUUAGAAAUGCCCAGUUCUGGCGUUAGCUCUAACUAUUCUAGUGACAGUGUUACUAAAACGUACGAGUACCUCAACUCUUUCAAAGGCGGCGAAGCUAUUUUUACGUUUCCUCCUUUGCCCAUUAAAUGUCCAGGAGCUCCACAGAAAAUAAUGUACUUAGCUGAAGAGCUGUUUAAAAGGAAUAAUGUGAGGGACAAGACUCGCAUAACUUAUAAUUCAGCAAUUGGUGUGAUAUUUGGCGUGAAGAAGUAUGCAAACGAGCUAUUGAAGGUGAUAAGUCGUAAAGGCAUUGAUGUCAAUUUUCAGCACAAUCUUGUUGAAAUUAUCCCGGAAAGAAAAGAAGCUAUUUUCGAGGUACUUAAAGAAGGUCAUGAAGGCGAACGCAAGACCUUUAGCUUUGAUUUCAUGCAUGCAACCCCACCUAUGGGUCCACUGGAUGUGAUUAAAGAGAGUCCGUUAGCUGAUGGAGCUGGCUGGCUGGAUGUUAAUCCACAGACAAUGCAGCACAAGAAAUUUGAAAAUGUGUUUGGAAUUGGCGACUGCACUAAUGUCCCAACCAGUAAAACAGCUGCUGCCUGUGCCGCUGAAUCAGCUGUGCUUAAAAAGAAUUUGUUUAAGGUCAUGAAAGGACAAAAUCCGGAUUCUGAAUAUGAUGGAUAUACUUCUUGUCCUCUUGUGACUGGAUACAACACUUGCAUUCUUGCUGAGUUUGAUUACACAGGGACACCUUUAGAAACCUUUCCGUUUGAUCAAGGAAAAGAGAGACAGACAAUGUAUUAUUUAAAAGCUGAUAUAUUACCAGAAGUGUAUUGGCAUGGGCUUAUAAAAGGCUUGUGGGGUGGACCCAAACCUUUUAGAAAAGCAAUGAAACUCGGUCUCUCUAAAUAAAGAAAAAUGUGAACUACAUUAUUUUGAACUUUUAUUUUUUGACAGUGCUGCUCUCAAUUUAUUUUACAGUUUAAUGAAUCAUCUAUAAAUACAA